UUCCAGUUCGUUGGUGAACGCGAGACAUGAAACUGGACAGUGUGCUCAUCAGCGACGCCGUCGACCCGGCGUGCGCCCAGCUGCUCAGGGAGAAUGGCAUCCAGGUCACGCACAAAACCAACAUGCCCCGCCAGGAAUUGCUUGAAGAAAUUAAGAAACACGAUGGGCUGAUCGUGCGCUCGGACACCCAAGUGACCAAGCAGUUGAUGGGCAACCUCAAGGUCAUCGGGAUGGCGGGCACCGGAGUGGACAAUAUCGACCUGGCUGCUGCCACCGAGAAAGGAAUCAUCGUAAUGAACACGCCAGGCGCGAAUUCGAUCAGCGCUUGUGAAUUGACCUGCGCUUUGAUAUUGAAUCUUGCCAGGCACGUCUCUUCGGCGAAUUCGGCGCUGAAAAACGGAGUCUGGGAGAGGCAAAGUUAUACCGGCACCGAGCUGUAUGGAAAAACGCUGGCCGUGCUUGGCCUCGGCCGCAUCGGACGAGGAGUGGCAACUAGAAUGCAGGCGUUUGGAAUGAAGACGAUCGGCUACGACCCUGUCAUCAGUUCGGAGGCUGUCAGGGAGUUAAACGUGGAGAAAAUGGAGCUGGAGCAAAUUUGGCCGCUCGCCGACUACAUCACCGUGCACAUGCCCCUCAUUCCACAGACCAAAGACCUGAUCAACUUUGAAGUUUUGAACAAUAAGUGCAAAAAGGGUAUUUACAUCUUGAACGUGGGCCGCGGAGGAAUCGUGAACGAGGAGGAUCUAUUGAGGUCUCUCGAGUCCGGCCAGUGUGGCGGAGCGGCUCUGGACGUGUUCACGGAGGAACCGCCAAAGUCUGCAGGACUCCUUCGACUGCUCGCCCAUCCCAAGGUACUGGUCACCCCGCAUUUGGGUGCCAACACCACCGAGGCCCAGAAAAGGGUGGCUGUACAGAUUGCAGAGCAAUUCAUCGCGCUAGCUAAGGGAGCAAGUCUGUCCGGCGUGGUCAACUGCCCUGCCCUGAUGACCGCAAUGAAAGCGAACAACAAGCCAUGGUUCGACCUGGCGCAGGCCCUGGGUUCCUUUGGGCCCUCGUCCAACUGCACCGUUACCUUGCAGACCCUGGGCCAGGGCAUGGAGCGGCUCACCUCCGACCUUUGCCCUGCCGUGCUGGCCGGCAUGCUGGCCUCAGGGGACGUCAACAUGGUCAACGCCCCCGUGCGGGCCCUGGAGUCCAGAGUGAAAGUGAAGAUCAGGUCGGAGCACCUUCCAGGUGGCAAGGAGCAGGCCCUGGUGGUGAGCUUCAGCGACGGCACACGCGUCCAGGGCAGCGUCAUCGAGGGCGUGCCGUGCAUCCAGGCUGUCAACGACGCCACCUUCGGCCCCAAGAAGGGCGUCGAGCUCAGCGGCAACCUGCUCGCCAACAACCUGGCGAAAAUGGUCAUCAACCAGGGGGACAAGCUCGUCAUACAGACCACCGCGCAGGGCGGCGCCGACUGCGUCGCCGUCCACACUGAAGGCCUCGCGAACGGCAGCAUCACAUUAUACCAUCAUCAUCUAAAUUUCAUCGGAAAAUCCAAUCCUGUUCUGCUGAAGAUUCAUUGCGAAAUUACAAAAUGA